AGCACUCACUGAAAACAGAGUGUCCAACAAGGUGGGGAUCACGUCAGGCCAUGAUAGAGAGAAUCAUCGAGCAGCAAAAGGCCAUUGCACAUGUCCUGUCCUCUGACAAGAAGUCUCGUCAUCUUAUCUCAACAUGGCAGGACAUGGAUGUACUAGAGGCAAUCAACAAAUCCUUGCACCCUCUAGUUAAUUUUACAGAUGCACUGUCUGGCGAGAAGUAUGUCAGCGUGUCAUUUGUUAAGCCAGUUCUUCAUCUUUUCAACGUAUCAAUCUUGAAAGUUAAGGAUGACGAUACUGACCUGUCAAGAGCAAUCAAGUCUAAAAUUUUGGAGUACCUAAACGAAAAAUACAGUGACCCAGACAUCCAAGCUCUAUUGGACAUGGCAUCUACGGUGGAUCCACGAUUUAAGAUGAGAUACACGGCUGAGGACAACAAAACAACAAUUCAAUCCAGACUCAAAGCUGAGAUGCAGACUUUGGCAAUGAUGGUGCCACCCCAAGAAACAGCACAAGAGACCAGCGAGGAGGAUGCUGAAGCUGGAUGUGCCCCAAAGAAAAAGAUGACUUUAGGAAGCUACUUUAAAACUGCUGAACAAGCCUUGCCACCUAACAACCAGAAAUCCAGUGUAGCCUGUGAGCUGGAAUCUUACUUACAGUCAAGCUACCUGGAUAGGCAUUCCAGAGCCGUAGAGCAGAGACUGCAAAGGCCUCCAAAUGAAUCCGAGGAACGACUGAGUGAGCGAAAAGGAAGACAGGAGUUGUGCCGUCCUCGGACGGUCUGGCUGCGCAGUGUGGCGGCAGCCAAGACAGGGUUGGCAGAAAGGAGUUCGUGCUGCAAAGGCUCCGCCGGCAACACCAGUGAUGGUGUUCUCGUUUUCACCACUAAUGGGGCCUAUCACCGUUGUGUCAUCUGUGAAAUUAAUGAUGUGGCUCAUGCUGUAACUGUUGCAACAGUCAUGGAUCAUCAGGAUGAAGAGUAG